AUGUACUGUGACGUAGAAACAUCAACCAAAAGAUUCGCAUUUGAGAAAAGUUUGUGAGUUUAGAGCCUUUUAACAAGACGUUUAAGAUGUCAUCUCCGUCGGAUUCCUCUUCCUGCACAUCUGAAAGUGAUCUAGAAAGUUUUACAGUUGACGAAGUGAUGGGGGAAUUGUCUGAAUUUGCGCCGUACGACGACAGUUGCGAACCCCUUGCUACCGAGGAAGAAGCCGCGGACUACAACGAAAGAGUUCAUCGCGAAGAAGAAGAGGAACAACAGUUUCAGCGAAGAUAUUCGGGAGAGGUGCCAGCGAAUGAAUGGUAUGGUAUUAUCAUGGAAUGUAGAUUUAUAUUUUUAUUUUCCAAUUUCAACAUACCCGUCGUUAAAUCGUGCGCGUGAGGAACGCGACUGUGUGUUUUGUUUAAGUUUACAAUUUCGUUGCUAUGUGAUUAACUUACCGUAGUCCUGAUUUUAUGCGAUAGUUUUAUUGAAGAGGUCAGACAAUUAAUAAUUUUAUACAGACGUAUUUUUCUUGUGUUUGACGAAUUUUUCACAUUAUUUUGCAGGUGUUCGUGCUCGAACUGCUCUGUCAGCCUUGUUACAAAAGCGCAGGAGUGCAUUUGCUGCAAAGAGAUCGAUCGCUGCGAAGAGGUCAUGGAAGAAGCCAUUGGAGACCGGACCUUAUGCAUAACCCUCCAUCCAGGGUUUGAAAGCGUCUGCUUAAACCGCCACGUAUUAGAAGUGGCUGCACUGGGCCUAAAAACGCGAGCUGGAAAGUCGUACACAACUGUUCGUGGGCAAAGCAACAAAAGUGAUAAUGAGUAA